AUGCCAAAGGUGUGCAGCACACGGAGCAGGCUGAAAAGGCCGCUCUGGGACAAGACAAGUGGACGAAUUCCCAAAUACACGUUACUCUCCUCAGCCCUGAGCAACACCAAAGACAGCCCUGUGCUCCUGGAUUACCUUGAAGAGUCCGAAGUUCACAGACAACAAGCCCAUAAUGCCCUGGACAAGUACAAAAGGGAGAACGAAGGCUUUGCCUCUUUCCGAGUGGACCGAGUAGACAGGGUUAUAAAAGCGAGAGGAGGGGAAAGAACCAAUUACUAUGUGAACUUCUCUAUGCGGAACUGUUCUACACAGUAUUUCCACAGAAGGCCUCCAGUCUUUGGAUUCUGCAGAGCAGUUUUGUCCUACAACGUAGAUGUCACUGACCUGGAAACCCCAGAAAACAUUGACACAAUCUUGUACCUUACUCACUUCCUCACCCUACCAUCUGCUAGCUCCUCUUUUCCUUCUGCUCAACCUGGAAACUUAUCUAUGGCGAAGAAAUACAAAGGUAUCUUUAUACUCUAA